CUCUCUCUGUUUUUUCUCUCUAUAGGUUGCAGCAGCGCGGUAGGAGCAUCACACAGGCCCACCGACAGCAGUUCGAGUUCAGUAAGGGCCAGAUAGUAAGCUGCAGAAACCCCUGUCUGGCUGUUUGGGUCGCUGGCCAUGGGGCAGUGGGGGGAGGUGGGGUAAAAGCAGGGUCAGUUGGUGCGCAGUAACCCCUCUUACUCAAACCAACGUUGGACACUGAAUGAGGGAGAGAGGUAGGAGAAUGGGCCCCAUGUGAAUUGAUACUAAUGUCAGAGCGUGACCCUGUCUGUCUAUCCUCCCACGUCACACUGAUAUAUUAGUUGACCCCCUUUGGCCCUGUCUAGGGCACUGUACUGUACCUAUGAGAUCCAGGCACAGACAAAUUGACAGGGUCAAAGGUCUUUUCGUGUUCUCGGAAGCCAUAGGGAACGUUUAUGAAAGUAGUUGUUAUAAAGAGACUCUGUUUUGAUUAUUGUUUGUCUCUUCACACAGGACUCAUCAUCUGUUGGCCAACCCUGAGCUGGUAUUGUCUGUUUCCAUGACUACAAUCCCCCCCCAGGAGACUCCUGCUCUGAACCCCGUCUCCUCACAGGCUGCUCUGUAGUCCUACAGAAAUAUAAGCCUUAUAGUUACGGAGUAGCCAACCAGAAGUGGGGCUGGUUUCCAGAUCGUACGGUUCUGAGUGCAUUCUACACCUCAUCUCUGGACCAGGAAGUGACUGCAGCCAAUCAGGCCUCCGUGUGUGUACCGCCUGUGUGUCCCCAGAACCACUGCACCAGCAGGGUUUCUCCUUCGCCAGGUCAGGUGUGAGUGGGAGGCAGAGUGAAGGUGUGUCCUAGCUGUUCCACUGGGCUGAGAGGGAGAGGAGUUCUCCAGAAGCCUCCUCCAGGAUCCUCCUCCCUCUGCUGCAUGGCCAGUCACAACCACCAUCUCUGCCCGACUGGACACUUCAGGAUCCUGAAGGUCCACCAGACGGAGCUCAGUGAGUCUGCGGCAGACGUCACUCUGCAGCGUCUAGACGAGUGUCUGGGAGUCACUGAGGACGGAGGCUGCGGUGCUGCAGAAGCAGACGCCGUCCCCAGAGGUGUGCAGCGCAGCCCAGGCCAAGCCGAGCGUGAAGCUCCUGGCCCACAGGAAUGGGCAGGGGGGCCUAGAGGAGGGCCAGCUGAUCACGGUGGCAACAAUGCCUCUGGUGAGGCUCCACAGGGGCCACUGAAACAGGCAAAUAGACAGUGUAUGACUUUGUUGUUUUCUAGGUGGACGGUAUGAAUUGAAUGUAUGAGUUUCUGUGUAUCUGUAGUUGUUGUCAGAGUGCACCCGCCUGCUCCAGCUAACCAGAGCUUAGGUACUCACCCUGCGUCAGCUCAAAGCCUGGGCCCUCAAUGACUGUAUGCCGGAUGACACAGACACACAAAGGUUAGAUUGCCUUUCUGAUAACCAGUCUGUUGACUUUUGACACUGACCUCUCCUCUAACCUCAGGUUCAGAGACAGUGUUCCAGGUGAGUGCUGAGGACAUGAGCUCUGUAGAUGAGUGUCUGCUGACGCUAAUACUGAGGUCCCCCAUCCAUGUCUGGGUGUCCUGUGGAGAGCCCUACCUCCCUUCAGAUGCCCGCCGGUUCUCCAGACCGGGCCAAGCCUCCCUGGUACCCACCCAGAGUCCUGCCAGGCCUGUAGUGGAUGAGCAAAGCUGGCUACAGCCCAGCCAUGAGGAACUGACUCUGGACCAGGAGCUGCACAACACUGAGACUCGACUUGCUGAGAUGGAGGCCCUCCCAGAGAAAGGCCACAGGCCUCUUCCACAGAAGACCUCCCAGGAACUGUACCAUCAGUCUGAUGUCAAGAGAGUUCAGGUGUACCACAGUGGAGACAGGCAUGUAUCUGUCCACGUCUAGGGGCAAAGCAUCGAAGAGGUACUUCCUCCAAAUAGAGAGUCGGAUAUAUCAUACUCCAGUCUAGAUUGUCUAUGGGGCGCCGUUUGUAGCAUGCUAUAUUUUGUGACAAAGAGAGCGGAGGCGCCAGGUAGCCUAGCAGUUAAGAACGUUGGGCCAAUAACUGGUUUGAAUCCCUGGGCUGACUAUGGGAAAAACCUGUCAAUGUACCCUUGAGCAAAAGCACUUAACCCUGAUUGCUCCUGUAAGUCUCUCUGGAUAAGAGCGUCUGCUUAAAUGACUCGUGUGAAUUUCAUGUCGCAGAAUUAAUAUUUUUCACAAAACAUAGCUAGCACGUGACAAACAGCGCCCCCCUAUAUCUCCUCGGUGACUGUGUUGCUAUAUGUUGCAGCUGCUGAGCUGCAGUACUGUGAGGCUGGCCCUGUCCAGGUCCGCCCCCAGGCUAUACGCUGCAGACGGCAGGCUUCUGAGCUCCUGGGUGGACAUCUACAGGGACAUGCUGCUGUGUGUGUCAACAGGACAGCCCUUCAUUAGCCCUGAAGAUCAGCAGGCCCUGGCUCACCUCUAAAUUCUGACCCCUCCUACUGACUGUCACACAGAGAAUUGUGGGGACAAGAUUGAGAUGAGAGCUACCUUCGCUCGAAUGAUGAGAUCUCUAGACUCUGGUAAUACCACAACAGACAGGGGACCAAAGGAGCACCUGACUACCACAAUUCCAUGUGGCUGCCAUUCUCUCCAUUGGGCUGCAGAAGCAUAUAACUGUUACAAAACAACUGUACCAUGCCUGAUCAGGAUCGGUGUUAUCCACUGUUGUUGGACUGUCGCUAUGUUCAAGCAAUUCCCAAUGGGACAGUAACUACCAGGAACCGUGUGAUGUUAUAUAUUCACCACGAGUGGGAAGCAGUGGUAUAAGCGAGUCAGAAACUCCCUUUGUCAGGACCCUGUCUUUCAAAUAUAAAAAUCAAAAUAACUUCAACAUAUCUUCAUUGUAAAGGGUUUAAACACUGUUUACCAUGCUUGUUCAAUGAACCAUAAACAAUUAAUGAACAUGCACCUGUGGAACCCGUCGUUUUACAGACGGUAGGCAAUUAAGGUCACAGUUAUGAAAACUUAGGACACUAAAGAGGCCUUUCUACUGACUCUGAAAAACACCAAAGGAAAGAUGACCAGGGUGAACAUGCCUUAGGCAUGCUACAAGGAGGUAUGAGGACUGCAGAUGUGGACAGGGCAAUAAAUUGCAAUGUCCGUACUGUGAGACGCCUAAGACAGCGCUACAGGGAAACAGGACGGACAGCUGAUCCUCCUCGCAGUGGCAGACCACGUGUAACAACACCUGCACAGGAUCGGUACAUCCGAACAUCACAACAGUGGGACAGGUACAGGAUGGCAACAACAACUGCCCGAGUUACACGAAGAACUCACAAUCCCUCCAUCAGUGCUCAGACUGUCUUGUAGGCCUAUUGUAAGGCAAGUCCUCACCAGACAUCACCGGCAACAACGCCCCUUUGAUCAGGGACACGACAUCCCCCGCCCCUUUGAUCAGGGACACGUUAUUCCAUUUCUGUUAGUCACAUGUCUGUGGAACUUGUUCAGUUUAUGUCACAGUUGUUGAAUCUUAUGUUCAUACAAAUAUUUACACACGUUAAGUUUGCUGAAAAUAAACGCAGUUGA